AUGGCAACCUCCACUUCAGAGACUAUAGGAGCAUUGAAAGUUGACGUGUACGUCAUCAAUCAUUUGCGGACAUGGCCAGACUGGCCCGCAUUCUGUGAUCUCUUCACUUCCGCGGUCAUAAACAAUGCGACAUUGUCCGAUGCCCAACGAUUGCAAUAUUUGCAAGCUGCACUGGAGCAGCUCUUGUCCGCGUUGGUGCUAACGAACGUGAACUUCUCGAUCGCUUGGGCUACGCUUGACAAGCGUUACAAUAACCCGAGAUUGAUUCAAUCGUCGUGGUUCCAUAAGCAAGCUUUAGACGCACUACCGAAGCUAGGCGUAACGGUAGAUAACUGGGGUCCACUCCUGGUGUACCAUGUAUCCAGUCACUUCGAUGACGAACUGCACGGGGAAUGGGAACAGGCUUUCGAGGAUGCUCGAAAGUUCCCAUCCUUCUCGAAAAUAAUGGACUUCCUUGAAAACAAGGUGAGUGCUCUCCUUGCGGCAAAGGAUAGGUACAAGAAACCGAUCUCGUCAGAAGUCGAGAGAAGGAACGUCAAGUCCCAUGCAGCAAACGUGGAUACCACGGAUGGGGAGUCAUCGGAGUGGUCUGUAUGCCGAAUGCAGCACAAGUUAGAGGACUGCAACGAAUCUCGACAGCGUGAUCAAAAAGGGCGAUACUUUUGGGUCAAAGCACAUAAUCUCUGCCCUAGAUACCUGUCAGCUGACCAUGCAUUGACUUCAUGCUGCAGCUCGAAUGUGUGCAGCGUAUGUAAUGAGCCGCAUCACACGCUUCUGCAUUACAAAAGCAGGAAGCAGGAAGCAUCUGACAAGAAAGAAACGCCCCGUCGCGAUACGCGACACGGUCAGGGAGCGAAUCGUAAAGAUGAUAACCCUCCCAAACUAAAGGGCAAAGCGCAAUCGGCGUCUACAAGUAAGGCAGUAGCAUCGCACUGCAGUACGACGACCGAGAAAGCGGCAGAGAUUAAUUGA